AUGAACUACCUUAUCAUUGAAGAAAACGUGGACAAUGAUCCCUGCAAGUUUGCUCUAAUGAGUCGGGAAACAUCAGAGAGAGUAAUUUUACAGGCAGCUAAUCCAGAAAUUCAACAAGCUUGGGUACAAGACAUCAACCAGGUCCUGGACACACAAAGAGAUUUCCUGAAUGCGCUACAGUCUCCCAUAGAGUACCAACGCAAAGAAAGUAGCUCAGCAGUGCUGAGGCCCCAGACCGGUAGGGUCCCUCAGCCCAACAGCAGACCCUAUUCUUCUGUUCCAGUAGGGUCUGAGAAGCCUUUGAAGGCUACAAGCCGUAACCCAUCUCUCCCACCCCUGAAGAUAUCUACCUCCAACGGCAGCACAGGGUAUGAACACUCACAGCCCGGAGACAAGUAUGAACAAAGCAAGACUGAUUUGGGAGGGUGCAAUGGGACCUCUUCCAUGGUGGUGAUUAAAGAUUACUAUGCACUGAAGGAAGAUGAGAUCUGUGUGAAUCAAGGAGAGGUGGUUCAGAUCCUUGCUGUCAACCAGCAGAACAUGUUCCUGGUGUACCAGCCUGCAAACGACCACUCUCCGGCUGCUGAAGGAUGGAUCCCUGGCAAUAUCUUGGCUCCCCUCACUAAAUCCGCUACAGAUAAUAGCGACGGAAGCAUCAAGAAGUCAUGUUCAUGGCAUACCCUGCGCAUGAGAAAGCGGGCGGAAAAGGAGAGCAGUGGCAAAAAUGAAGCCAAUGGGCCACGUAAAUCCAAGGAUAUUCUGGGGAACAAAGUCUCUGUUAAAGAGACAAACAGCUCAGAGGAAUCAGAGUGUGAUGACCUUGACCCCAAUACUAGCAUGGAGAUAAUCAACCCCAAUUUCAUUCAAGAAGUGGCUCCAGAGUUUCUUGUGCCAUUAGUGGACAUCACCUGCCUGCUUGGUGACACAGUGAUGCUGCAGUGCAAAGUCUGUGGACGGCCCAAACCAACUAUAACCUGGAAAGGACCGGAUCAAAACAUUCUUGACAAUGACAACAGCACGGCCACUUACACGGUGUCAUCCUGUGACUCUGGGGACCUCACUUUGAAGAUCUGCAACCUGAUGCCUCAGGACAGUGGCAUUUACACCUGUGUGGCAACCAACGAACAUGGAACCGCAUCAACCUCUGCAACCAUCAAAGUUCAAGGUGUCCCAGCUGCCCCAAAUCGCCCCAUUGCUCAGGAGAGAAGCUGCACCUCUGUGAUCCUGCGCUGGCUACCCCCAUCCAGUACAGGCAAUUGCACCAUUUCAGGCUACACUGUGGAGUACAGAGAAGAAGGCUCGCAGGUCUGGCAGCAGUCGGUAGCCUCAACUUUGGACACAUACCUCGUCAUUGAGGACCUGGCCCCAGGCUGCCAGUAUCAGUUUCGAGUGAGUGCCAGCAAUCCCUGGGGGAUCAGCUUGCCCAGCGACCCAUCUGAAUUUGUGAGACUCCCAGAGUACGACUCUGCUGCCGAUGGUGCCACUAUUUCGUGGAAGGAAAACUUUGACCUCUCUUAUGCAGAGCUGCAUGAGAUUGGGAGGGGUCGAUUCUCCAUAGUAAAGAAAUGCGUUCACAAAGCCACCCGGAAAGAUGUUGCUGUAAAAUUUAUUAGUAAAAAAAUGAAAAAGAAAGAGCAGGCAGCACAUGAAGCAGCUUUGUUACAGCACUUACAGCAUCCUCAGUACAUCACCAUCCACGAUACCUACGAGUCCCCUACUUCUUACAUCUUAGUUCUGGAACUGAUGGAUGACGGUCGUCUCUUAGAUUAUCUAAUGAACCAUGACGAACUUAUGGAGGAAAAAGUUGCUUUCUAUAUAAGAGACACAAUGGAAGCCUUGCAGUAUCUUCACAAUUGCAGAGUGGCUCACUUAGACAUAAAGCCAGAAAAUCUGCUCAUUGAUUUAAGAAUCCCGGUACCUCGUGUCAAGAUCAUUGAUUUGGAAGAUGCAGUUCAGAUCACAGGUCAUUACCAUGUCCACCACCUCCUCGGAAACCCGGAGUUUGCAGCUCCUGAGGUUAUCCAAGGGCUUCCUGUCUCCCUGAGCACGGACAUCUGGAGCAUUGGAGUCCUCACCUACAUCAUGUUAAGUGGUGUCUCUCCGUUCCUGGAUGAAAGCAAAGAGGAGACUUGUAUCAAUGUGUGCAGAGUAGAUUUCAGCUUCCCGCCCGAGUACUUCUCCGAUGUGAGUCAUGCUGCCAGGGAUUUCAUCAACGUUAUCCUCCAGGAAGACUUCAGGAGAAGGCCGACGGCAGCCACCUGUUUACAGCAUCCGUGGCUGCAACCGCACAACGGCAGCUAUUCCAAGAUCCCACUGGAUACCUCCCGCUUGGCUUCCUUCAUCGAGCGCCGCAGGCACCAGUACGAUGUGCACCCGGUCCCCAGCGUCAAGAGUUUCCUGAUGAGUAGGCUGAACCUGGGCACAUAA